AUUGAACCCAGAAGUCGAUGGCAUAUCUCUCCAUUCAAGAAUAAAAAAACUUAAAAUUUUCUUUUUACAAGCCCCAACGCGAAGUGUCCAUACUAAAUGUAGUGGCAAACAUUGAGCCGGAUCCAAAAACUUCCACAUUAAUAUGGAGGAAGAAAAUUCCGACGGUCCCGUUUACGAAAAACUGGGCAAAAAUAGAAGGGAUGAUGCUUUUACAAGAGCAGAAGUUUUGAAUGAGUUGUCACCUCCAGUGGACAAGUACAAUCUCAUUUACUUGUCGUUUAUGAGUGGAGGAAUUGGAUUUCUGUUACCUUAUAAUAGUUUUAUUAUGUCUGUAGAUUUCUUCAAGACAAAGUUUCCGGAUAGCCCAGUUGUGUUUGACAUGUCUUCAGUGUAUAUUAUCACAGCUUUAAUUACGGUAUUCGGUAAUAAUUUAUUAGUAGAGAUGUUCUCUGUGCACUCCAGAAUCCUAUUUGGUUAUUUAAUAUCUAUGUUAACACUCGGCUUGGUUAUGAGCUGUGAAGUAUACUAUGAGAUUUUUGAAACAUCGGGCUCAUAUGCCGCUAACUUGAUUGCCGUUGCAGUUGUAGCAGUAGGAUGUACAGUUCAGCAAUCAAGCUUUUAUGGAUAUGCAAGUAUGUUGCCACCUCAGUACACUCAUGCUGUGAUGGUAGGAGAAAGUGUAGCUGGCGUCGGGACGUCUCUUGUAAGAAUCACAACAAGAUUUUUUAUAAAAGAUUUACGCCAGAGCACCAUAGACUUUUUAAUGGUAUCAAUAACUAUAGUAGGACUGUGUGCUGUAAUAUAUCCCCGUAUAAGAAAGACUGACUUUGUACAAUUUUAUUUAGGACUGUGUGAAAGAGAGAAAACUAAAAUAACGCUUGAGCCGAGAGAGGAUGCUGGACUGAUAGAGAUACAGGACUCUAGAUACGGUAUUUUAAAGAUCCAGACAAGUCCUCCACCAGCUACCUCAAAUGUGAUGAGCUUUGCCAAUCCCGUUUACGAACCCACGGAUUCAGGGAUAAGACCCACAUACAAAGUUGAAGAUGUACUCAUUACUGGUGGUAUAACGGUAACCAAUAAUGAUCGAUUCGGAUGGUCUUCCUUUAAAGAAGGAAUGAGGGCUAGAUGGACGGUCACACAAAAGAUAUAUCCAUAUAUGAUAUCAAUAUUUUUGGUAUAUUUUACUACACUUUGCCUCUAUCCUGGAAUCACCUCCGAAGUAGUAAGUUGUCACAUGGGCCAGUGGAUGCCGAUGUUAAUGAUGAUUGACUUUAAUUGUGCGGAUGUUAUAGGUAAACUUAUGGCAUCCACUCGUUAUUGGACCGGGUCCCGUUUGCUAAAAUGCUCUAUAGUAAGACUGAUGAUCAUUCCCGCCAUGGCAUUGUGCGCUAUGCCUCCUAUUACAAACUUUGGAUUUCUCAGUAGUGAUCUCUUGGCUUUCGGGUAUUCCAUUCUCUUAGGGUUAACAAACGGAGUACUUGGCAGUGUGCCGAUGAUACAAGCACCCACAAAAGUCCCCAGAUGUUAUCGCGAACUUGCUGGAAACAUGAUGACACUUUACUAUAUGUGCGGUUUGGCAACUGGAUCGCUUGGAGCAUACGCCUUGGAGAAAAUUCUAAGACCGGCCAAGAUGCAGCGGUAUUGCGAGUAUAGAGCUGACAGGUAUACCAGAAUAGAUAUGUCCAGAGCGUUCACGAAUCCAAAUGUUACCGAUCUCACCACAUUUAGUACGGAAUCUUCUUCUUCUAUAUUGGUCUCAACUAUAUUGUCUUCUUUAUCUACUAUGAACUUCACAGAAUCUUUAUAAAUAUAUUUUUG